AUGUCACCACCAGAACCUUCUGUGAUAUUCCUAUUGAAAGUCUUCCGAUUGAUUUGUAAACAAUGCGAUGAAAUUGCUACGAAAUCAUCCAAUUAUUCAUUCGGAAACGAAUUACUUGUCUAUUUACAUAAUGAUAUUCAUAGAACGAAGAGAUUUAUUGAUUGUUGUGAAAAGGGAUAUUUUCAUCAUGUACAAGGGUUGCAAAUUUGUGGAGGACAAGAAUUAUGUCAAUUAUCCAAAGACAUGAACAUGAUUGACAUUGAUUUUAAUCACAAGAGUGAUGAGUGCGGCAUCAACCAUCAUGGCAUUGAACAAAAGGACCAAUAUUUAAAUUGUUUUCCAAGUUUACAAAAAUUAGUGUUGAACAAGCGUUAUGUUGAUCAUGAUAUUGUAACACGAAUGAUGAAUUGUCCGAAUUUGAAAUUGAUAACUCAUCUCAAUCUCGCUCUUUCACGCGUUCAGGAUGAGACCGUUCACCUGAUGACAUCAAGUCCAUUGUUUUCAAAUUUAACAUGUUUGAAUUUGAGUACAACAAGUAUUGGAGUAGAGAGUGUCAAGAGUAUUUGCAAUUCGGUGUACAUGUCAAAUUUGAAAGACUUACAGUUUGAUUGGUGUAAUAUUGGAGACGCUGUGGUUUACGAAAUUUCUCAAAGCACAAUGUUAAAAAAAUUGACCUCUCUUAACUUGACAGGAAACAAAAUUUCAUUCAAGGCAGUGAAAGAUAUAGGAAUGAGCGCAGUGUUCAAUAAUCUCACUUGUCUCAUGUUAGAUUUCAAUAAUAUUGGUGUAGAAGGUAUUGAAUAUUUAGUAUCAUGUGAAAAUUUAUCCAAUCUUGAAGAAUUUACUUUUUAUUUCAAUGCGCAAGAUAUUUCAACUCCUUCCUUAGUGUUCACAGUGUUGAAUGGAACAAUGACAAAGCUUAAUAGUAUCAAAUUUACACCACACUCUGAUACAGAUGUUGAAAGAUUCAUCACUUGUAAGAACAUUGCUUCAUUGAAGACACUCGAGUUGUGUUAUCAUAGACAUCUACUAUACCAGGGAGGUUUGGAUCUGAUCUCUAACUGCCCAAAUUUAGCGAAAUUAGAAACGUUAAUACUUCAAAAUAUAUACUCACAAAUGACGAAUAUCACAUCACUGAUCAACAGCCCAUACAUUAAGAAACUCACUGCAUUAACUGUUACGGGAAUUGGUUUAACAUCAAGUGAUUUAUUGGAACUUUCCAAAGCUUUUCCAAUGCUCAAAAAGUUAGUCAUUUCUGAUCAAACACUUAUUUCCAUUGACAGCGUUGUAGAAUCGCUUAGCCAUUUGAAGCGUUUGGAAAGCCUCGAAAUGAGAGGCAUUGAUUUUGUCUCUUGUGAAAAGGUUGAACAAUUUGCCUCACAUUCAAACGCCUCAAACCUUUCCCAUCUUUGUUUCACCCAUAAGCGUGGUUUUAUUCCACACUUCUUUGGAGAAUUCUCCAAACUUGAAAAUUUGAGACAUCUCAAUAUUAGAGGAACAGAAUUGAAUUUGGAAGAUGCGAAAGCUCUUGCUUGCACACCAAAACUUGCUCGUCUUACGAAAUUGUUUCUGCCUGCGUUUCCUGGAUCAAAAUCGAAAAACCUUAAAAAACAAGUCAUUGAAAUAUUGAAACAGAGUCCUUAUCUACGUAAGAGAUUUUAUAGUGUUAAAGAUGGAACUGCCAUGUUAUUGUUGUUGAUGGUUUUAUUGAUCGUGGUUGAGUCGUCAUCACCAAUAAUGGCAAAAGUUAUGAAGACAAAGAUACAAAUUCAUCAAGAUGUUCAUAAAACUGAAUUCAGUAAUUUUGUAGAUACAUCAUGUUUGAACUGCGUUGGAAAUAAGAAAGUGUGGUGUGCUUUGGAACAAUUUUGUGCAUCUUCUUUGGAUGAAUGUAGAUCUAGACAACCCUUCAACGUGACUUGUGCAAGAUUGCCUUUGUUUAGAGUGGAAAUAUUGAGAUCCUCUGAAAAAGUGUUGCGUAAUUUUGUGGUGCCCAUGACUCAACAGCCUAUUAUAGGCCUGUUAUCAAGCAAGGAAGAUCCAUUCCAAUAUGUCUACGAUUUAUAUGAUUCCUCCAAGCGCAAUUUUGCAGUGGGUGCAUUCUAUGUGUCGACUUUGCAAUCGAGAAGCGAUGGAAGACCAGAAAUCAGCAAAAAGCCAGGAUUAUUCUUUUCAUACAAUUUUCACACAGAUCACAAACCAUUGAUCAAGUAUCAAGAUGGUGACAGCAAUACUGAGCAAUCAUCCAAUCAAUAUCGUCUUAUCAAAUUUGCAGAUAUUUCCACCGCUGUGCAAGAGCCGAAUCGAUACUACAGAAUUGGCUAUUCUGUGAUUCGACGAAUUGCCAAUACGAAUGACACGUCAAAAUCAACUUCGUAUUCCUAUCAGUGCUCGUUUAAUACGACAAGUUAUGACGUAUAUAUCGAUCCGGAUUACAAGUUUUCAUUUUCUGGACCUCACGUUUUUGUAGGAUUACCCCUUGUGAUUCUUUCUAUCAUUAUUUUGUCAAUUCCAUCAUUGUGUUGUGUCAACAAAUUUGCAAUCACAAAACACAAUAGAGGUCUUCUACUUGCAGACGAAGCGGAAGAACACUAUUAUGAUGAUAUUCAUGCUGAAUUUUCAGCAAUUGGAAAAGAAAAGGAGGAGUACAAGAAGAAAAAGAAAGAGUAUGAAGAUUUUCUCAUUUACAAACACAGAAGAAACUUCUUUGGAGAAACUCCUUUUAAAAAAUCAAUCAACACUCGUGAGACCAAUUCAUUCACCAAUGAUGAAGAAGUGGACGAUGAAGAGAAAUUCACCGACCUUAAAAGCAGAUUACAACACGCCUCUCGUUUCUAUAAUCCUCUCAUCAUUCUUAAAUCAAUAUUUUUCGCCACCGAUACACAACUCGUUCAGCAAUGUGGAACAGAUGUUUAUUAUUACUUAUGGUUCAGCAAAUAUUUGAUCAUUUAUUUACUAGUGUGUGGAGUUAUUGCGUGUGGAUUCUUGUUACCAACCUAUCUCACCACCACGGAUAACAACGUUUCAUUUGGUGAUUUCUCUAGCACCACUAUUGCUCAGAUGAACAUCAAGCAAAAUGACAAGAUUUAUGUAUUUUUUUUGGUUACCAUCUCAUUCCCAAUUAUUGGUCUUGUUUUUAUUUAUGGGCUUCAUCGAUUGAGCCGUCAAUUGAUAAAAUCAAGAAACAACAUUGGAAGCUUAUACACGGUUAUGGUGAAUGGAGUAUCUAAGAACAUUAGGGACCGAAGAAGAAUUUUGGAAGAUUUCAAGCGUAGAUACGGUGAAAACAAUGUCGUGGAUGCUCAUAUUGCGCUCGAUUUGAAUGAGUUAAGCGCACUUGAUGAGAAGAAAGAGGAAAUUGAGGUACUUCUCAGAGGUGCUGAAAAACAAUACGAGAAGACAUCUCGUCGUCCAACCAUCAAAAUUCGUGGCUUUUUAGGAAUUCUAGGAUCCAAAGUGGAUGCAAUCGAUCAUUACACGAAAGCUCUUGAUGAAAUCAACAAAAAUAUCAACGACUUGAGAACAAAUCCUUCGCGCACUGUUCAUGGUACAGGUUAUGCUUUUGUAACGUUUUCAUCCAUGGAGGCAGCACAAAAAUGUCUCAACGAACAUCGUGACAUUCCUUGCUGUUGUGGUUUUUCAAUUCCUUGGUGGUGUUGUAUUCCCUCAGGAUGGCCUUACGGUGGCAUUGAACGUGCACCUGAAUCGGAUGACAUUUUAUUUGAAAACUUGAAUGUCUCGAGCACGAAUCGAUGGUUCAGAUCUCUUACUUCAUCCUCCAUCAUUACCAUUGUGCUUCUUAUUAUUUAUUCCAUUUCAACGACUGUUUCAUGGUACUAUUGGUAUAAGGGUCAAAAUAUUUCUCAAAUCAAAGAUUAUGCAGUUCCUUCAGAUUCCAUCAUUGGAGUUGAUACAGCUGCCUUAAUAUUGAUGGCAUUGGCAGAUUUAUUGCCAGAAGUUAUUUCUUUGGCAAACGAAUUGGUCAAACCCAUUAUUGAAGUAUUGACCGACUUUGAGAGACAUCCAUCGAGAACUUCUCGAAGAAAGACCGUAUUAACGAAAUCAAUCUUUUUCAUAUGUCUCUCUAUUGCUGCAUUCCCAUUCUUUGUGAGAUGGGUGAAGGCCGUUUGGGGUGUUGCCAUGAAUGCAUAUUUCCCAUUCAACAAUUAUGCAUACUUUUUCAAUUAUAUUGGAACAGAAGUUGCGACAUUGAUUAUGGCUUUGUGCUCAAUUGCCAAAACUCUCGAAUAUACAUUUAUUUUCAUCGUCAUGAUGAUCAAAUACAGAUUUAAUGAUAAUGGAAAUGGAAGAAAAGAAUUGGAACGACUUCCUUUCGAUUAUGAUGCAAAUAUUGGUGUGAAAACAUCAAUCAUGAUGCUUACUCUUAUUUACGGAAGUGCUGUUCCCUUAAUGUUUCUCUUUGGAUUAUUCUAUUUGAUUGUCACUUAUUAUAUGGACAAGUAUCUCAUCAUGUAUUUUUAUGAGAAAGCUCCAGACAGUGAUGGAACCAUUAUGAGAAUUACAGCAGAUCAAUUGGUCUACUAUCUAUCUGUUUAUCCAAUUUUAUUGAUUUUCAUGAUUCCAACACUUGCAACCUUGUGGUCGACAUGGCUCAUCUAUUUGCCAACCAUGUUUUUGUUUUACUUGAUUGUUCGCUUUGCAAGAUCACGAAUGUCAAAGGCAGAAAUGGACAUGUUAGUCGUUUCACUCAAUUCCACCGCUCAUAUCCAAGAUGAAGACAUUUUGACCUCGCAGGACACCCUCGAAAUGGAAGUGACAGAUACUAAUGGUUCUCCUUCAUCACCAAUACCAUCUGGUGGAGGAUAUACAUCACCAUCUGCAAGUACGACCAAAGUUACUUCCACAUUUUCAUCAAUCAUGAGCUUUGUUGCUGGAGAAGAACAAGUUUUAUCCAUUUAUGACAAGGAAAUUGAGAAACGAUUAGAAGUAGAUCAACGAUUUAUUGCAUCCAGAUACAGACAUCCAUACCUGCGAAAAGACAAGAGAAAAAGUCAACAAAGAGUAAGAACUAACAAAGUAGAGUGA